UCAUUCACAGGUCACUUAGAUGGCGAUAUGGAGAAUGGAAACCUAUCUACCGUGACUGUGUUUGUCUUCACUGGGUUCCCCCAGCUUAAAAAUGGUGCCAUCCUGUACUUUUGUCCUCUACUUUUUAUUUACAUCUUUAUUGUGACAGGAAACCUGAUGAUCUUUUUUGCUGUAAGGUUGGAUACUCGUCUUCAUAAUCCCAUGUACAAUUUCAUUAGUAUCUUCUCGUUUCUUGAGAUGUGGUAUACAACAGCUACCAUUCCUAAGAUGCUUUCAAAUCUUAUCAGUGAACAAAAGACUAUUUCUUUCAUUGGUUGCCUCUUACAGAUGUACUUCUUCCAUUCACUUGGAAAUACUGAAGGGACCCUUCUGACUGUCAUGGCUAUUGACAGGUAUGUUGCCAUCUGUAAUCCACUCCGCUACCCUAACAUCAUGACAUCCCGGCUAUGUACUCAGCUCACUACUGGUUCUUGCAUAUUUGGUUUCCUCAUCCUUUUACCUGAGAUUGUGUGGAUUUCUACUCUACCUUUUUGUGGCCCCAAUCAAAUCACUCAGAUAUUCUGUGAUUUUACUCCUUUGUUGAAGUUAGCCUGUACUGAUGCCUCAGUGAUCUUGGUUCAAGAUGUGAUACAUGCUCUCGCUAUUCUCAUCACAAGUUUGAUUAUUUCUCUUUCUUACAUAAGAAUUAUUGUUGUUAUCCUGAGCAUCUCCUCAACAGAAGGUCGCAAAAAAGCUUUUUCCACUUGUGCUGCCCACAUUGCUGUCUUCCUGUUGUUUUUUGGGAGUGUGGCCCUUAUGUAUCUUCGAUUCUCUUCCACCUAUACACCAUUCUGGGACAACGCCAUUGCUCUUACAUUUUCUGUGUUUGCCCCCCUUUUCAAUCCUAUUAUAUACAGUCUGAGAAAUAAGGACAUGAAAGAUGCAAUUAAAAAACUCUUUUGUUCCCAAAGGGUGUCCAGUGAAUCAGGUAGGUAAUUUAUACUGCUGCCUUUUAACGCUAAAUAAGAUCCUUUUCCAGAAUACCAAUCCUAAGG